AUGACGCACUACUCGCCACCACAUGAUUUCUUUAGCAGUAGUGCGCCGUAUGGUGAAUUUUUUCAUGGGAUUAAACAGAGGCGCUUUAUUGGUUCAAGUCACGACCUGCCAUUUGCAAUUAUCGAGUAUGGCCAUCAGAAGUUGAUAUUGGUGGCAAAGUUGCGAAAAUUACAAACAGUUGAAUCGAUUCUUUUAGGAUGGCUGUUCAUCAGUACUUUUGUCAAUGCAAUUGAACAGUCGAAUGCAACAUUGCCAGAUCCUCUUUUAUCGAAUAACGCCUCAACACCACUAUCCAACAUCACCUCUCACUCGAGUACAUCUGACCCUCAGACACCAGGAUUUUCUGCAGUCAUCAACUCUUUUAAACCUAUCAAUCUUACUCAUCCAGAUGAUAAACUAAAUCAAUCAUCAACUGCAGUUCAAGAUCACAGUCAUGAAUCCGUGACUUUAGAUACGAAACUAGCACCAGUGUCUGAUGAACUACCCAAGCAAUCUAUACAGACUUUUGGAUUAAAAUCGGACAGUUCUCUAGCCCAGUCAGAUGGUGAUCAUAUACAUUCCAAAGGACCUACAGAACCAUUAAACAUUGUACCUAGCUCUGUACCCUCACCACCUACUCCUCCACCACUUGAUCUUCCACCACCAUCCUCUCUUCCACCUCCUCCACCACUUGUCUUUACUCCUCCUCCUCCCCCACCACUUGUCCUUCCCCCUCCACCUUCUCCUUCUCCUCUUCCUCCCCCUCCACCACUUGUCCUUCCACCUCCACCUCCACCACCUUCUCCAAAUCCAUCGUCUAUCGUAGAAAAUACUCCAAGCGUACCAACAUCUGUACCCAAACCUCCUAUUCCAAUAGUCUCAAUAUCAACUUCAUCAAAUUCACCCACAUUCACUCCAAUCAAUGUGCCGCAUCCUAGUCCUGUUGAGCCUAAUUCUCGUCCUCCACCUGCAUCCAAACCCAUUGGACCAAUCAUCACUCAGAUUCCUACUGUUCCAACUCCAAACGUGCCCGUUGGUCCCGUAUCACAAAUAUCUCAAGUAGUAGCGACUGUUUCAUCAUCUCCUCAACCACAAGUAUCAUCGGGAUCUGAUCAGUCUGGUAAUUCACCGUCUUCUGGAACUACACACAUUCCAAUUGUUGUCAGAGCAAGUACUGGUGGUGGUGGUUUAGUAGCAAAAUCUGGAAGCAGAUUGGAAAAUUCAGACGUCAGCGGAGGUUUGUCGUCUGGAGGCAGCACCACUCAUAGUAAUGGCAUUACUGCUGGAUCUGGAAAUACAAACUCGAAUCCUGGUUCAUCGAAUUCUAAUGUUGAUGUUGGACCCAAUCAAUCUGAAUUUCCCAAGGCUUCAUCUGAGUCUGACAAUAAUUCUCGUAGUUCUAAAUCAAAUAGUCUUGGACCUACAGCCAUUGUCGGAUGUGUAGCUGGCGUAGCUGGUGUUUUGGCUGUUGUUGUCGGGCUGGUGAUGGCCAAGAAUAGGAUGCCUAGUAGCUCUGCAAGUGGUAAAUUUAUCAAACCACUCCUUCCAAGUUUUGGUGCUACUCCUAUUGCCAGUCCCGAUCUCCAACACCAACCGGUAGCUCAAACGCACUGCGAGACCAUUGAUCCAUCAUCCUCACUUUCUAAAGACCAACAUUCAAAAGAUUCAUACCAUCAGCCUCACUAUGGUUUAGAAAACAAUCACCAGAACCAGAACUUGCCCAUGAUGAACACAACAUCUAUAUAUUCAAACUUUGUUUCGGCUACAGCUGUUGAUCCAAUGCCUAAUCAUCCAAAUCCUUCCGGCUUGAAUGAUAUGGCAAUGCGUUUUUCCAAGAUUUCCGAGGUAUCCACCGAACCUGCAUUAUUUACGAGUUCUGGCGAACUUAGCACUGCUGAAAAUAGCUUGUUCAUGAAUGAUCACUUUGACCAAAACUACAAUGGCUUGCAUAGUGGUAGUGACAAGACACUUCCCGAGGAACCCAUUUACCAACAUGUGCAUCUAGAAAAAUUUGCAACUCAUCCUCAAUCACCACAAAUCUUCCAUUCUCCAACUGAUAAUUCUGGCGAGCCUGUCCAGAUUUAUCACUCGUCUUUUGUUUCUGAUCCGUCGUCCAAUGGCGAUUUUACAAACAUGGACAGGUCUGGAUCGACUGAAUAUUUGAAUGCACCCAACCCUAUACGUACCCAACCAUCGGCUAGUGCUUCAAGAUAUCCCAGUCAGAGAUCUCAUCCUUCCACUAUGCUAUCUCUUGCAAACCGCAGUCGUGAUUCUCUCACUGUCGCUCAAGCUGCACAUAACAUGUCACACAAUAAAUUCUCACAUUCACAGCGACGACAGUCUCACACACCACUGUCGGCAGCUUCGACUGAGCCAGAUAUUCGUCCUGAAAACGACAAUGUGUCUGCUGCUGCCCUUGCUGUUGCUGCCGCUGCGACUGCUGCCGCAUCUCAAGAUUCCAACUCUGAUCAGUUCUACAAGUACGAUUCGUUCAUUUCCUACCAGCGCUAUAGUGAAUAUUCCAACGAAAGUCGACUCGAAUGAAGAUCUCAGUGUUUACUUUUUGUCUAUGCAUAUACUCCAAGGGUAUUAUGCGUCCAUGAUUUGAAAUUGACAAACUCGAUCAAGAAUAUAAAUUCAUUUUUCUAC